AUGGAUAAAUUUGAGAAGCGCCUAAACCAAGUAAGUAUGGGAACACCCAAAAAUCCGGUUAUUCAAUAAUCCACUCUUAAAUAAACUGAUGCAGCAAAGAGCUACGCUUCUUUUAAUGAUUUUAAUAAAAUAGGAGAUUAAUAUGAUAAUGAAGCUGUUAAUUUGAGAUCGCAAGUAUAAAUAUUAGAGGGGAAGCUAUAAUUUUACGAACGAGAAUUUUAAAUCAAAUAAGCAUCUCUUGAGAAGCGAAUACAAUAAUUGAUAUCCACUUCAUCAUAGUUAACUCAAUAGAAUACGCAAUUAAAGUUGCAAUACUCAGCCUUAUUGAAUGAGUAUCAGCUUCUUUAAGAGAAAUUGGUAUAAUAGGAGAAAGGGCAGAAGGAAUACGAAGAGAAAGUGAGAUCAUAACUUGACGGUUUGAAUAAAUUCUAAAUGGAAAAAGAACAAUUAAUAUAGUAUGCAAAUAAAUGUCGAGAAAGAUCAAAAUAAAGGAAAAUCAAAGUCAAAGACUUGACAGCUAAAGUAUAAGAUCUACAAGAAUAAGCCAAAUAAUAUGAAUUAUAAUUUGAAUAAGCCAACAUUGAAAAACAAUAGAUUUACGAUUAAUUGCAACAACAAAUCUUAUUGCUUUCAGAAUAGAAUGAAGAUUGGCAACUAAAAUAUGAAGCAAUUGUUGAAAAUUUCAAGCAUCAUCUGGCAGAUUAAAAUGAUAGCCAAUAAGAAGAACAAUUAUUAGCUACUCAUACCAUAUUGGAUCAGCAUGAAGCCUAGACAGUUUAGCAACAAUUGGAGAAUCUGAGUUUAAUAAAUAAGGAACUAAACCAAUUAUUGAGUCAAUUGAAAAAUGCCAAUUAAAUCAACUCUUCAGCAUUUGAAAUGCCUCAAAUAAAAGAAUUAGCAGAGAUGUUUAAUAGAAUGAUAGAUAAAUUAAUGGAAUUAUAAUAGAAAAAGACUUAGCUUAAGGAAUAACUUAAAUAAAAUUAAUUCCAUUUAUAGCAGUAGGUUUCAAUAAAAUCUAGUUCUGGGAAUUAGAGUCCGAACAUGCAUGAUGAGAGAACUAAAAUGCUCUUCGAAUAAAGAAUCCUUGAAUUAGAGCAAUUCUAUUAGAGAGACAAGAAGCAAGAAAAGGUUCGAUCCAUUACUCAACCAAAAUAUAAUGAUCAAAAACUAAAAUAAGUUAUUUCAGUUAUCUCCUAAAUGCUGGAAGAAUUUCUAAUUUAACAAAGAACCCUAUCUCUUUUAAAUCUUUAAUUGAAUGAUAUGCAAUAAGAUCUCAGAAUCCAGCCAAACAGAAAAUUGUUCAAAGUUGUGACUUGGGUCAUUAUUACAAUAACUCGUAUUAAGAAAAUCAAGAAUUCUUCAUAUUAUCAAUAGUUUGUCUAAUACAACAAAUUAAGAAUUGAAAUGCCUAUUUUUGAUUCAUUUAAUCAAAUCCUGGAACUUGUUACAAGUCAACAAUCUUUAAUUGACACAUUGUAAAGAGCUGUUGAUCAAAAAGGAUCUGACGGGGCACUAUAAGAAUAAGAAAUAUAGUAGAUGGUUGAUUAAGAAUUGAGAGAAUAACUAAUGGCUUUGUAGAUUGAACUUGACAAUAAUAAUAAGAAGAUGAUUGAAUAUAAAUUGAAAUCAGAAUAAGAUAUUGAAGAAAGAGAUUAGCAUAUUCUUGAGUUGCAGGAAUAGCUUUAAGAACUCCCUAACGAUUACAAUUAAGAAUUGCUGGAACAAUUGGAGGAUCAAAAUAAUAGAGUUAAGAAUAUUGAAAAUGAAUUUAAUGUUUUGCAGGAUUUGAUCAAUUCGUUAAUGUGA